CCUUCCUCUCUCCGCUCUCUCUUUCCCCAACCUCCCUCCCUCUCCUCUUCUCUUCUCCCUCCAAAAAUCCCACUCGCUUCCCGCGAUCGGAACGCCGCAGCCACCACCAGAGCACUCGCGCCGCUGCCAUUAUCCUCCUCCUCAUCAUCAUCUUGUUCUGUCAUCUAUGCAGUCUGGUUAUCCCGAGCUCAGUUCGUUUCUUGGCGGUGUGGUGUGUUGGUUCGUCGUCGGUGCAGCAGCUGCGGUUGCGGUUUCGUUUUCCUCGCGGUUCAUCGGCGACGUCUGAUCCGUCGUGAGAGUGAGCGGCUCCCCCCUCUUGUCGCAUCUCUCUCGCUCUGCUGCUAGCUGCUUCUUGAUCAGUUUCUUAUCGUCCCUGUGACUUUUUUUUGUGAGGAGAGUGAGGGGGUUCGUGAGAUCCAGUCCACGGAGAGAAAUCGCAUGGUUUCGUGGUAAUCCUCCCCCAAUCCGGCCGAGCAAUCGGUUUGGUGGUUCUUCCUGAUCCGAAAGAUCCAUUUUUUGGGAGGAAAAGGUCGGAGCUUGUUCUCUUCCGAGGGGGUGCUCGGGCUCGCCGGAGAUGGCGCUGCCGUACGCUGCCUCGCCGUACGUGCUGUCCCUCCUGCUGCUGCUCUCCAUCCCGGCGGUGUUCCUCCUCGCGCCCCGCCUCCUCCCGCCCAAGACGCUGCCGGCCAUCCCCGACGCCGACGAGACCGACGACCUGGCGCUCUUCCGCCGCGCCGUGCUCCUCUCGUCCGCCCCCUCCAAGGACUCCUCCGCCGGCGCCGGCUCCAGCUCGCUCUUCGGCCGCCGGCCUCCCCCCAAGGUGGCGUUCCUCUUCCUCACCAACUCCGACCUCGUGUUCUCCCCUCUCUGGGAGAAGUACUUCGCCGGCCACCACCACCUCCUCAACCUCUACGUCCACGCCGACCCGAACGCCGCCGCGUUCACCGCCCCGGACACCCCGUCCUUCCGCGGCCACGUCAUCCGCGGCAGCAAGGCCACCCAGCGCGCCUCCGCCACGCUCAUCUCCGCCGCCCGCCGCCUGCUCGCCACCGCCCUCCUCGACGACCCCUCCAACCACUUCUUCGCGCUGCUCUCCCAGUCCUGCAUCCCCCUCCACCCCUUCCCGACCUUCUACCGCGCCCUCGUCUCCGACAAUGGCGGCCCGCGCCGCCGCCACCGCAGCUUCAUCGAGAUCCUCGACAACGAGCCGACGCUCCACGACCGGUACUACGCCCGCGGCGACGACGUGAUGCUCCCCGAGGUGCCCUACGACAGCUUCCGCGUCGGCUCCCAGUUCUUCGUGCUCGUCCGCCGCCACGCCGUCAUGGUGGUGAGGGACAGGAGGCUGUGGAACAAGUUCAAGCUGCCGUGCUUGACGAAGAGGAAGGAUUCUUGCUACCCGGAGGAGCACUACUUCCCGACGCUGCUCGACAUGCAGGAUCCCCAAGGAUGCACCAAAUUCACACUCACCAGGGUCAAUUGGACGGACUCCGUCGACGGCCACCCGCACACCUACCAGCCCGAGGAGGUCUCCGGUGAGCUCAUCAGGGAUCUCAGGAAGUCCAAUGCCACGCACUCGUACAUGUUUGCGCGCAAAUUCGCGCCCGGGUGCCUCAAGCCACUGAUGGAGAUCGCCGAGUCCGUCAUCCUGCGAGACUAGAUUUCACAGGGCGUGUAUUUGCAGAGAUGAAUGCAAUGAGGGCUGAGAUGUGAUGAAGAAGCAUAAGCUGAUCCAUCCAUCCAUUCCCUUGCAGAUUCUCCAGAGAGUAGAAACCAGGACCAACCAAGCCUUGGUUUACUUUGUUUCCUUCAACUGCACUCGUCAAAAAGAUGGUGCUGCUCGAGAGAGCACGAUGGUGGUGUUGGUGGCAAAAGGGCCCCAGCUGCCUCCUAUGUGAGUUUUUUUCUGUAUCUUUUGUCUUCCUUUCGAAUUUGAGCUGAGUGGUGGCACAAUGAGGAGGGACAAGUUGUUGGCACGUAAUUAGGGUAGUUGUUAGCAUGAUCAUCCUAUGUAUUACAUGGAGGCAAUCUGUCGAUACAUGCAGUGAUGGUUUGUAGUGUAUGUUCAUAUUGCAUAUGUCAAUAUCACGCCCUUUUCGUUCGAAAUGUAUCAUUUGUAUCAUGUAAA